CGUUUCAAUUUCAUAGAUAAUAUGGGAAGGCGUUGUAGAAGAUCAGUGGCCGAAUCGGAUAUAGUAUUUAAUGACGGCGACUAAAGUGUAAAGCCGGAAUUGAAGCCGAAACUUUAAUAUUUCGCUUUAAAUAUCGUUAUAGUUUUGGUUCGUAAUAUUAUUCCCGCAAGUUGAAAAAAAGGCAUAAAACUGGUGUUCGAUAAGUCUCUUGGCAAUAUGCCUGCCGUGAGGGGAGAUGGUAUGCGAGGGCUCGCAGUUUUUAUAUCUGAUAUAAGAAACUGUAAAAGCAAAGAAGCAGAAAUUAAAAGAAUCAAUAAAGAACUGGCCAAUAUCCGCAGUAAGUUCAAAGGCGACAAAACCCUUGACGGCUAUCAGAAAAAGAAGUAUGUCUGUAAACUUCUGUUUAUCUUCUUGUUGGGUCAUGAUAUCGAUUUCGGACACAUGGAAGCAGUUAAUUUACUUUCUUCCAACAAAUAUUCUGAGAAACAAAUAGGCUACCUAUUUAUAUCAGUUUUGGUGAAUACUAAUAGUGAUCUAAUUAAACUCAUUAUUCAAAGUAUUAAAAACGACUUGCAGUCUCGAAACCCUAUUCAUGUGAAUCUUGCACUUCAAUGCAUAGCUAACAUUGGGAGCAAAGAUAUGGCUGAAGCCUUUGGCACUGAAAUACCAAAGUUGCUUGUUUCUGGUGAUACAAUGGAUGUUGUAAAGCAAUCUGCUGCUCUAUGUUUGUUACGACUCUUUAGAAAGUCCCCUGAAAUCAUCCCUGGAGGGGAGUGGACUUCUAGAAUAAUACAUUUAUUAAAUGACCCACAUAUGGGUGUUGUCACUGCAGCAACAUCACUUAUAGAUGCACUUGUGAAGAAAAAUCCAGAUGAGUACAAAGGUUGUGUAACUCUCGCUGUAGCUCGAUUAAGCAGAAUAGUUACUGCCAGCUACACAGAUUUGCAGGAUUAUACUUAUUACUUUGUUCCUGCUCCAUGGCUAUCAGUAAAACUUUUGCGGUUGCUACAAAAUUAUACACCACCAUCUGAGGAACCUGGAGUAAGAGGUCGCUUAUCUGAGUGUUUGGAAACAAUCUUCAAUAAAGCUCAAGAGCCUCCAAAAUCAAAAAAAGUUCAACAUUCAAAUGCAAAAAAUGCUGUACUUUUUGAAGCAAUAAGUCUCAUUAUUCAUAAUGACAGCGAGCCUAAUUUGCUAGUUCGUGCAUGCAAUCAACUAGGACAAUUUUUAAGUAAUCGGGAAACUAAUCUGAGAUACUUAGCUCUUGAGUCUAUGUGUCAUCUUGCAACAUCAGAAUUUUCCCAUGAAGCUGUCAAAAAGCAUCAAGAAGUUGUAAUACUUUCAAUGAAAAUGGAAAAAGAUGUAUCUGUACGACAGCAAGCAGUCGACUUGCUAUAUGCUAUGUGUGAUAAAACAAAUGCUGAAGAAAUUGUACAAGAAAUGUUAGCUUAUUUAGAAACAGCUGAUUACUCCAUAAGGGAAGAAAUGGUUCUAAAAGUAGCCAUAUUAGCUGAAAAGUAUGCCACUGACUUUACAUGGUAUGUGGAUGUUAUUUUAAAUCUUAUUAGAAUUGCUGGAGAUUAUGUUUCAGAAGAAGUGUGGUAUAGAGUUAUUCAAAUUGUAAUAAACAGAGAAGAAGUCCAAGGAUAUGCAGCUAAAACUGUUUUUGAAGCUUUACAAGCUCCAACUUGUCAUGAAAAUAUGGUUAAAGUGGGGGGGUACAUUCUUGGUGAAUUUGGAAAUUUAAUAGCUGGUGAUACUAGAUCAUCUCCACUAGUCCAGUUUGAACUUCUUCAUUCCAAGUAUCAUCUGUGUUCUGCAGCAACAAGAGCACUUUUGUUGUCAACCUAUAUCAAACUUGUUAAUUUGUUCCCAGAAAUAAAAAACAGGGUACAGGAAGUUUUCCGUGCAGACUCAAAUUUGCGAUCUGCUGAUGUAGAGCUCCAACAGAGGGCCUCUGAAUAUUUGCAGUUGAGCAUUGUUGCCAGUUCAGAUGUUUUAGCAACGGUGUUGGAAGAGAUGCCAGCCUUCCCAGAAAGGGAAUCAUCAAUAUUAGCAGUUCUCAAAAAGAAAAAGCCAGGUCGUAUCCCUGAUGAUGUAAGAGAAUCAAAAAGCCCACAGCCAAAUAUUACACCAGCUCCAGUGAUUAAUAACAUAGCAAAUACAAACAGCUCAAGUGCUGAUUUACUUGGUUUAUCCACUCCACCUGGUACAAAUGCACCUACUGGAAAUGGUUUGUUAGAUGUCCUAGGUGACUUGUAUACAACACCCAAAAUUAGCCCAACAACAGUGCAACAGAAUAAUAUAAAAAAAUUUUUGUUCAAAAACAAUGGAGUACUUUUUGAAAAUGAUCUUAUUCAAAUAGGAGUUAAAAGUGAAUACAGGCAAAACUUGGGUAGAAUUGGUUUAUUUUAUGGAAAUAAAACACAAUCUCCAAUACAAAAUGUACGCCCUGAACUGCAUUGGAAUGAUCUACAUAAGCUCAAUGUUCAAAUGAAACCUAUGGAACCAGUAUUGGAAGCAGGUGCUCAAAUUCAACAAAUGUUGACUGCAGAAUGUAUUGAAGAUUUUCUUGAUAGUCCUAGCAUGUCUGUGUCAUUUCUUUACAACAAUGUCCCCCAAAAAAUUUCUAUGAAACUUCCACUGACACUCAAUAAGUUCUUUGAACCAACAGAAAUGAAUGGAGAAUCUUUCUUUGCGAGAUGGAAAAACUUAGGAGGUGAACAACAGAGGGCCCAAAAAAUAUUUAAAGCACAGGGAUCCAUAGAUUUAACAGCAACACGUACAAAACUAGCUGGUUUUGGUAUGCAGUUACUUGAUGGUAUUGAUCCGAAUCCUGAUAAUUUUGUUUGUGCGGGUAUAGUGCACACCAGAGUUCAACAAGUAGGUUGUCUCAUGAGAUUGGAACCAAAUAAACAAGCUCAAAUGUUUAGACUCACUGUGAGAUCAAGUAAAGAAACAGUUUCACAAGAAAUUUGUAAUUUGCUGGCAGACCAGUUCUAAUCUUCAUAUUAUGUUCUGUUUAUUUGUGUUAGUUAAAAGAAACACUGCAUAUAACUUGAAAUUACUCUCAGUGUUUACAAAAUGAUUAUAUAAUAACACUGAUUGGUCAAGAAACAUAGGUAUAUUUUUUUCUCUUACAGAUUUUGUAAACUUUAAAUUGCUUAAAAAAGAAAUAUAUUUUUACGUUAAUCAUUUUAUAAG